AUGUUUGAGGCGAAGCUCACGAGCGCUUCAAUUAUGAAGAAGAUCAUCGACUCGAUUAAGGAGUUGGUCACUGAUGCACCAUUCGACUGCUCAGAACAAGCAAUGUGCCUUCAAGCCAUGGAUUCGUCCCACGUCGCUCUUGUUUCACUCAAGAUGGAGGUUGGCCUCUUCGACACUUAUCGGUGCGAUCGGACGAUCAACUUGGGACUGUCGCUUGCCAGCAUGGCGAAGGCGUUGAAGUGCGCCAACAAUGAGGACACUUGCGAGAUCAAAUACGAUGAUAACGAUGGGGACACGGUGACGUUCACCUUCUGCGACACAAAGAGGGACAGGACUCAGGAUGUGACCGUGAAGAUGAUGGACAUCGACGUUGAACACCUUGGGAUUCCCGAUCAGGACUACGCUGUGGUGCUCGAAAUGCCUGUGACCGAGUUCAAGAAGACGUGCUCGGAUCUCUUCAUGUUCAGCGAGACCAUCAACAUCACCGCCACUAAGGGAGCCGUCGUUUUCACCAGCAAGGGCGACUCUGGAUCAUCGGUCAUCACCUACACUCCAUCCAAAGAUGUGGAUAGCAGCGAGCAUGUUACUCUUGAUGUGAAAGAACCGGUCAACGUCAACUUCUCUACCAAGUACCUACUGCAAUUCACCAAGGCUUCGGCGCUGAGUGAUCGAGUGAAAAUCGCCCUCACAAACGACACUCCUAUUGUUAUCGAGUAUGGGCUGAAUGAUAACGGGCAUCUUCGCUUCUACUUGGCUCCAAAGAUCGAUGACGAGGAGAACAAUAUGGAU